AUGACUCUGCAAUCGCAAGAAUACGAAAAUGCGGUUUCUUGUGGGAAAAACACUGACACUGCUGGCAGUCCCAAUAUUCUGCGCAAUACAAUAUUUAUAGAUGGAGGACAAUUGUGGUAUCAAAAAGGAUAUGAUGAUGGUUGUGUCGAGCCCAACCCAGACAACAACUUGGAAGGGACGAUCUACUACCUCAAUCUUACGACCCCAUUCGAUACAUCCUCGGAUUUUAUGACGAUUCUCAAGAAUAUGUCCGUGGCAGGUGGUGCUGCUAGUAAUAUAGCUCCCACCUACGUGGACGGCACAAUGUUCGCUAAUGACAACGAGUUCUAUCUAUAUGGAGGUAUGCUUCCCAACACAGACAGUACGGAGCCACCACCUGCGAACCAAGUUCUUUCCUACGCUGCGUACCAGUACGGCGCCUUCAAGAGCUCUUGGACACCUGGUUGGAACCAGGAAUACCUCUCCAAGAAUGUCACACGAUAUAUCACCAACGGAGCGGCAGCCUCGGUACCUAGCGAAAACUUGGGGUUCUAUUUCAGCGGCAUGCGGGCGCCGGACUGGGGCGACUUCACUGUGAACCAGCUGCAAUCAAACGUCACAGCGCAUACCCUCAUCACCCUAGAUAUGUCCACAAUUCAGGACGGUAAAUGGACCAACGAUACCCUGCCGAGCUAUAUCCCUGGUCGAGCAAAUGCCGAGCUGGUUUGGGUGCCCGUGUCUGACUCUGGUGUGUUGGUGGCUAUUGGUGGAGUCAUUGAUCCUAUCCAAUUCUUCAGAACAUCCAAGUCAAACUCAUCUCGGACAGAAGAAAGCAAAAAGAUUAGUCCCACGUUUAUGGAGACCGUCUCUGUCUUCGAUGUCAAGAGCCAAAAGUGGUAUCUCCAGAAGACGACGGGUGAUAUACCGCCACAAUUGACGGAGUUCUGCUCUGUACUUGCUAGUGCGGAAGAUGGCUCUUCCCAUAACAUUUAUAUCUAUGGUGGAUAUGAUGGUCUCGACUAUAACUCCAACCCGUCAGAUGACGUGUACAUCUUGUCCCUGCCUUCAUUCCAAUGGGUCAAGGCGUAUAAAGGGACGAACACUCACAGUCGCAGCGGUCACAAAUGUAUCAAGGUAUAUCCUGAUCAGAUGCUGGCGGUUGGAGGCCAACACGUUGACUCAACUCGGUGCCUGGAGGGUGGUAUCAUCGUCAAUUUCAAUCUCAACACUCUGAAGUUUGAUGAUGAAUAUGAUCCAAAGACGUGGGGUGAGUAUGAGGUGCCAGAUGCAGUGAUAGCACAGAUUGGCGGCGAUUCCAAAGGAAGUGCAACCACUACCGCCCCAAAUUCAUGGACAAACAGCUCCCUAGCCGCUAUUUUCGCGAAGAAAUACACGAAGAAUAUCGAGACAUACUGGCCUUACAAUAGCUCCAGUACCGAUACUUCCCCAGAAGCACACAAAGCCGGUGGCGGAUUUCCUGCCUGGGCAGGUGGAUUAAUCGGCGCGAUAGUUGGGUUGCUCGUCAUUGCAGUCCUGCUAGGACUCUGGUUCUACCGCCGGCGCCACCGAAAAUUCGAGGCCGAAAAAGCAAAAGUCACAGAGGAAGAAAGCGACAGACAGUCCCCAGAAUGGAUGUAUGGAAGUGGCCCUGCCUCGCCCGGACCAGGUCCUGUAUCUACAUCCACAGACAGGGAGACUUAUCAGACUUCGGCGACACUGCCCUCAACCCAAACGCAGCCCUCGAUGACACAGUCUCCCACAGUGGCGGACACGAUUGUCUCGCCAGUAACCCCUGGCACAGUUGAAUCUGGAGGCGGCGCACUAUAUGAGCUACAUGAUUCCUCCCCCGCCGAGCUUCCCACGCCAUACAACAUCGCCUAUCUCUCCCAAGACAAGGAUUACAAAGACGACUCCGCAUCCGACGUCAAAGUCGACAUGAGACGGGGCUCCCUGUCUCCUGUUUCACCGCAGACUCCCAGUGACACGGCCACGCAAUUCUCAUUCCCCACGGGCCGGAACAGGCGCAUAUCGACACUGUCAGUGGCACCGACAUGGUCGAUUGAUAAUGUAAUGAGUGGCCGGAUGACGCAUUUCAAUGCAGAUGACGAUAUGAAUAUCCGUCGAGCACGGCAUGGAUCUGAUGCUACUCUGGGAAGUAGUGCUACUCUAGGGGGUGGCGAUUCGGAGAAGGGGUGGGUGUCGGGUACCGAGACGAUUCGGGAAUAG